CGCCGUCUUCAUCAAGUUUCAAUUUUAAGACUAGCAAUAUGGGUAUUGAUCUUGUCGCUGGUGGCAAGGUCGUCGGCAAGAAGAACCGCACGAACCCCAAGUCGGACAAUGUGUACCUGAACCUGCUCGUUCGCCUGUACCGUUUCCUGGCUCGUCGCACGGACGCCAAGUUCAACGACAUCGUGCUGCGUCGUCUCUACCAGAGCAACACCAACCAGGCUCCUCUGUCCCUGGGCAAGGUCGCUCGCUUCAUGAAGAAGCACGAGGGCAAGAUCGCCGUCGUGGUGGGCACCGUCACGGACGACAUCCGUCUUCUGAACGUCCCCAAGCUCUCGGUUGUGGCCCUCAACUUCACCGAGACGGCCCGCGCUCGCAUCGUCAAGGCUGGCGGUGAGUGCCUGAGCUUCGACCAGCUGGCCCUGCGUGCCCCCAAGGGCUCCAACACGGUGCUGCUCCGUGGCGCCCGCAAGGCCCGUGGCGUGUACGCCCACUUCGGCCACAAGUCGACGCUCGAGUCGGUGCACACGCACGACCACGUCAAGCCGUACGUCCGCAGCAAGGGCCGCAAGUUCGAGCGCGCCCGUGGCCGCAGGAAAUCGCGUGGCUUCAAGGUGUAAGCGGCCUAGCCACGAACACUCUGAAACCAGGCCUUCUCUGUCUUGUGCCUUCCGGACGUGGAUUUCGCGGGCUGUCAUCUUCAAGUGGCGGGUGUGGCAGGUGUAGCGGCAGUUUGGCUAGGAGCUGCUGCGUGCUGGCGGCGAGCUUGCCUCGCUGUUUGGCGCCACUGCUGCAGUCGUGGAGACGGCUGCUUGCUUAUCAGCGGUUGGAAUAAACGAACCCAGGGAAUAAAAUUGAGACGCGCACCAA